AUGUCUUUAAUAUGUUUUAAAACGUUAUACAGGAAGAGUACACCAGUGAUUCGAAGAACAUUACUAGAAUUCAAUCCGAAAUAUUACUCCAAUUCAAAAUCCUGCAUUAUUCUGGGGAUAGAAACCUCUUGCGAUGACACAGGUUGUGCAAUAGUAGACUCAGAAGGAAACAUUUUAGGAGAAGCAUUGCACUCUCAGCACUUGGUGCAUUUAAAUAACGGCGGAAUUAUACCGCCUAUUGCACAAGAUUUACACAGAGCCAACAUCGAGAGAGUAGUUAACGAAGCUGUACAAUCAUCGGGUAUACCAUUCAAAGAAAUAGACGCCAUAGCCGCAACAGUGAAACCAGGACUACCACUCUCGCUGAUGAUAGGGACCAAAUACAGCAAGUAUUUAUGCAGGAAGCACGACAAGCCAUUUAUGCCGAUCCAUCACAUGGAAGCGCACGCUCUAACGGCCCGAAUGUGCGAUAAAUCAGUCGAAUUUCCGUUUCUCGUCUUGCUGAUCAGCGGCGGACAUUGUUUAGUAGCUGUAGCAGAAAGAGUGGACAAAUUUCUCCUGCUAGGCGAGAGCCUCGACGACGCUCCGGGCGAAGCCUUCGACAAGGUGGCCCGAAGAAUGAAGCUGAAGAACCUUCCUGAAUACUCGAAGCUAUCCGGCGGACAAGCCGUGGAAUUGGCGGCUCGCAAAGCUGAUAAUCCUCUAGCCUACAAAUUCACCAUACCUUUGCAGCAAUAUAAAAAUUGCAAUUUCAGUUUUUCUGGCAUUAAAAACCAAUUACUGUUGCAUCUGCAACGAGAAGAGAUUCUGCAUGAUGUGCCAGCGGAUCGGGUUAUACCGGGUGUUUACAAUCUCUGUGCCGGUUUCCAGAUCGUGGUUACCAGGCAUAUUUGCCAUAGGGUGCAAAGGGCGAUGGAGUAUGCUGCUAGAAAAAAUCUCGUGCCUCCUGAUAAACAAACUUUGGUUGUUUCAGGGGGCGCUGCUUGCAAUAAUUUUAUUAAAGGUGGUUUGAAAAUGGUGUGCGAUGAGUAUGGUUAUAAAAUCGUUCGGCCGCCUCCUAAAUUUUGCACCGAUAACGGUGUUAUGAUAGCUUGGAAUGGCGUGGAAAGGUUUAAAGAAAAUAUAGGAAUUUAUCACGACUGGGAACAUAUCGAUGUCGAAAACUCAGCACCCCUUGGAGAGGAUUUAACAAACGAUGUUGAAACAGAACGAAUUAGUUGCAAAUGGGUGAAAUUGAAAGGUAUAAAUUUACCUCAAAACCAAUUACAAAGUAGCACUGUAUGAAAUUA